AUGGUUUCGACGAACUUCAUGACAACGCUUUCUGCACAGGUUGACUCAUUGCUGCUACAGUCUGCUGCACUCAAUGAUGUCAACUCCAUUCGCAGGACCACAUCUGCAGAGAGUUCCAAAGCAUCUCCGGCACAAUCACCAGGUGCGGUCAGCUUCAGCUCACCAAGCAGUCCAUCUACAAAUCAGUGGUCAAUCAAGAGGCCGCAGGGUCACCAACUUGGUUCGCACUAUACGCUCUUCGGGCCUCCUCCACGAAGCCAAAAGAGGUCUCCGACGUGCGCGCAAAGCCCACCUAUGGCAACAUACGAGCGCAACGUCGAGUUCAUAAAGCAACGGCAAGCCAAAGUGGAAACAGCUCAAAAGCAAAAGGACGACCAGGAGACUCAGAUGUUGGCCUCGCCCACCAUCACUGCAGAGUCACGCAAGCUAGUUGGAGCAGGCUACGCCCCGCCGUGGAGCCGAAAAGAAGACGUCACGCGGUCCGUGAUCCGCAAUCGCAAGGUGACAGAGGCUGUCAACGCGAAGAAGGAAGUGGAAGCUGCUGAGCACACCUUUCAGCCGAAAAUCAACGAGCGCAGCAAAGCAAUCUUCAGGUCUCCGAAGAAGGCCAUUCCCAUGCGCAAGAGCACACCAUGGCUCCAGGGCUUGAGUCUGGACUUGAGCGAGACCAAGCACAGCCCUGAAGCAGCACAUUGCAGCGGUUUCUACGCACGCGCACAGAAGAGCCCAGCUUUCGGCCGCGGAUUUCCCGCAAAGCACAGCUGCUCCAACGUGAAGGCGACGUCACCGAGCGACUCUGCAGGCACCCGAGCCACAGAAUCCGCAGAAGAUGCGAGCAAUGCAACGGCGGAGAUGUUGGCGCAAGAGCUUGAGCAGAUCGAGGGCUUGCACGUGAAAGAAGCGGAUGAGCUUGCAGUCCUGGAGGAGUUAGCCAGAAAGUUUACUUCACCUGCGAACCAAAUCGGCGUGUCCAAGCUGACAGCGAUGCUGCUCACCAGGCGCCGACAGGCUGAGACAGCCGGAGGUGCCGCGGAGGCAGCUUCCAGUCGAUCUUGUGUCUUCGCAGAAGUGGCCGGGCUGGAGGAGCAGCUGGAACAGCUCGUCGCUGUGGCGCCGGAAGGACUUGCAGAGAAGCAUGAGUCACUCAGACUCAGCUGCGCAAAGCGAGUCUAUGCUCGGGCAGACCCAGACACCGCAGAUGACCUGACCGGGGAGACAGCCCUGAUGGAGGCUGCCUGUGGCGGAGACUCUGCACUUUGCCAUUUGCUCCUCGAGCAGAAUGCCGAUCCGACAAGGCUGAGUGCAGCAGGGAAGCUAGCCCGAGACUUCGUGCCAGUGGACGACCCGCAAAGGUCGAGUUUCUUGCAACUCCUCGCGCCCAAGAUUCAAGAAGCAUCGAGUUCGAGACCUGUCGACAAGAGGGACCCCAAGCAGCUGGAGGAGGCCAAAAGGAGUCUUCUUUCACAAGCUUUGGACGAGGACGCCCAUGCUUGUUGGAGACAUGUCGUUGAAUUGGGAAGGACUCUAGCGACUCUAGUGCAAUUCCAAAACCACGGUUUGUCUGAAUCAAGCAAGUUGUGCCACCUUGAAUACUGCGUCUGCUACCCUGCGGCUCAAAGAACUGUGCAAGCAUAUGGGAAAUCGUCUGUCGGCUGUGUGCCCUCGGAGGCUUUCGAAUUCAGCUCAGGCUCGUCGGGCUAUGGCCGCGGCUGGCGCACCAGAGGUGUCCUUCGAGCUGGUUUCCCCUUACCCAGAGGCAAAGCCACUGCAGAAAAAGGUGUCUUUGUGUGA